UUGUAGGAUGGCGAGGUACAGCCUCUCUAGGUUCCUUCGCGUCUUUGCUGGGAUCACAGCCUAUGUGCUGGAGAAGACUGGGAUCUUUCUAAGUGGUGCUGCCUGACAAGAUGGACCUCAGAGGAUGGGGUUGAACAGCAGCGCCACAGAGAGCAGACCCUUGCACUGCCCACUUUGUAUCAGGCCAGCGGUUCGGAGGAGUGAGACCUGUAGGCAGUGGUUGGGCAGGAUCAUGAAUGAGGUUAUAAUUAAGGGCAUACCCAACCCAAGGACAUACCCAACCCAAGCUUGCCUAGCAUCUCUGCUUGGUGUGCCAAGGGACAAACCGGUAGAGGUUUGUUUCACCUGUCUGUGCACAGGGGCUCAGAGAACCUCAUGCCAACUGUUGCAAAGAAAUGUUGGAAUCACCUGGAAUGUAGCGGGUAUAGCUGGUGGGUGUAGGUAAGAGGUCAUGCUGCUAACAUGGUAAGACUGGGUCGCCUGUGAACCCUCCAAGAUCACCCCCAACUAGGACAGAAGCUGGUAGGGUCUCAGACUGCGGGGGAGCGGUUCAGGGAGCAAGACUAGUCCUGCGAGCUGUGGUUUCAGUGACUGUAGCUGUUAGGGGGUCCGCGAUUGGCUGUGGGCCGAAGGUCUACUCAUGGAUUGGCUGGUCUAGCUCAGGGGCUGCCCCUGGGGGCAGAGUCCGCCCCCCCCCCUGAGACUUCAAAUAAGACAUCCCCAACCGACCACUGCAAAACCGAGUUGGUGUGGUUGAAACCUCUCUUCUGUUCCACUGCAAGAGGCUCCGGAGCAGAGGCACCAGAAUCAGCCCCCAACCCACAGCCCACGCAGCGCAGAGCGCACCCGGAGGCCCCAAGGGCCAUCGGGUGAGCAUUCGGUCUUUAGCCAUGGGGUCUGCAGCAUUGGAAAUUCUGGGUCUGGUGCUGUGUCUGGUAGGCUGGGUGGGCUUGAUCCUGGCGUGUGGGCUGCCCAUGUGGCAGGUGACUGCCUUCCUGGACCACAAUAUCGUGACGGCGCAGACGACUUGGAAGGGGCUGUGGAUGUCGUGCGUGGUGCAGAGCACCGGGCACAUGCAAUGCAAAGUGUAUGAGUCUGUGCUGGCGCUGAGCGCGGAGGUGCAGGCAGCUCGGGCACUCACCGUGGGCGCUGUGCUGCUGGCGCUUGUGGCACUCUUUGUUACCUUGACCGGCGCUCAGUGCACCACCUGCGUGGCCCCGGGCCCAGUUAAGGCACGGGUGGCACUCACGGGAGGAGCGCUUUAUGCCCUGUGUGGGCUUCUGGCACUGGUGCCACUGUGCUGGUUCGCCAACAUCGUAGUCCGGGAGUUCUAUGAUCCAACCGUGCCGGUGUCUCAGAAGUACGAGCUGGGCGCGGCGCUGUACAUCGGCUGGGCGGCCUCCGCACUGCUCAUGUGUGGCGGCGGCCUCGUGUGCUGUGGCGCCUGGGUUUGCACCGGGCGUCCAGAGUUCAGUUUUCCAGUCAAGUACUCAGCACCAAGGCGACCCACGGCCAACGGCGAUUACGACAAGAAGAACUACGUCUAAGGGCGGGAGGCACGGCGGGGCUCUUCCCGCAGCUAAGCCCGCGUUCGGAAAGACCGAUGUGGGAAGCCGCGUGUGGAUGACGACCACCGCUGAAUUGCGCAGCGCAGACUCCGAGGCAAGUCAGGUUGGGUUCGGGCCAGACUUGCGCGCUCUCACAGAGAGGGGUCGUUGAUCAACGCUAGCCAGGCCCUGCUCAGAACAGACUACAGGCUCUUGUGAGGACUUGACCGACCUUUUCUUCUAUGCGCAGUUGGCCACGACAUGGUGGAACUCUAAGAUUUCAUCGGUGAAGUAGCCACCAAACUGCCGCUAACAGUUCCUACUGAGUCCUGGGGAGUGCUGGAUGCUGCCUGCACUCCGGUGGUACCUGCUAACCUGAAAGGGCAGCUGGGGAAACCCUGGGGCUGCCAGAGGAAUGCGUUAAAAAGGGCAUUUUUCUUGUUAGUGGAGAGGAACCUACUGAACCAAAGGACUUGCCCUCACUCCAGCAGUCCCCCAAGGUGAGGGGGCCUGUAGGUACCAGAGCCUUAGAAGGGUUGCCUUCCUCCUCGAAGCUUGGGGUUUGGGGGGUGGGCCGCGGAAGACUUUGCUUAGUAAAUGGUUUGAACACUUUCAA